UUGUCGAUUAAAAAAUAUUUACCACUCAACUUCUUUUUAAAAGUUUAUAAAACCAUUUAGACAAUGAACAACGUAAACUAUACUAUAUUUAAUGAAGAAAAGAUGUCUUCAAUUAUGGAGACCGGUAUAGAAGGACAAUUUGAAUGGUCAGAUGCACAGAACAUUAAUGCGAGUAAUGGCAAGAUAGGAGAGGUACAGCUUGGAUAUAUCAUUAGUUUUACCAUUGCCUUCUUUUUAAUUGGGAUCAUUGGCAUCGUAGGUAACAUACUGGUCAUCUUUGUUAUAUUUCAUGAUAAGAAAAUGAGGAAAUCAUUGACAAACAUGCUGAUUGUAAACCUGGCCGUUGCUGACUCAAUUAUUAUGAUUUUUGGAAUUCCUGAGAUAGUCCAGUUUAUGUUAGACCGUGGAUGGAUACUUGGGGAAGCUAUGUGUAAAAUACAGCGAUCUGUACUUGUAAUGUCCCUAUAUGUGUCCGUGUUGACACUUGUAGCAUUAUGUAUAGAAAGAUAUAUCGCUAUCGUCUUUCCACUGAAGGCACAUAUUUUGUGUACCAGACGCCAUACAAUGGUAACUAUGGUGAUCGUUUGGUUUGUCGCAGUUGGUUUUGGACUACCUACCACCAUCUUCGUGACUGUUGUCCCUGUAGGAAUUAAUGCUAGUCUUUGCUUUUGUCGACUUGUGUUUCCAGAAGCAGAACCAAACAAAGACAUGUUCUUCACGUUUAAGUAUGUGGAAUCGGUCAUCUUCUAUUUCCUGCCGUUACUGAUUCAGCUAUUGUGUUACGUUAUAAUUGGAAAACAUUUGUUUCUAAGCGUGGAAGCCUUACAGUCAAAUUUGACAAACAAGGGACAUGCACGCGAUGACAAUGGUCGAUUGAGGGAAGCAAUUAAAACACGUCGAGGAGUUGUCAAAAUGUUAAUAGCAAGCGUAACAAUUUAUUUUUUAAGCUAUUCGCCUCAUCAAAUUUUACUCAUUUACGAUACUGUUUCUGACGUACCUUUUAGUGGUACAUGGGUCUUUGUGGUUUUUGUUACCAUCCUUGCAUAUGUGAACUCUGCAGCAAAUCCUGUUAUAUACUGCAUAUUUAGCCAGAACUUUCGAAAGAACUUUGCAACGAUCAUUUUCUGUCGUUAUUACAAACAUAAUGGAAACAAUCAUAACAAUGUGGCUUCUCUUAAUUCUGAGUAUACUAUUUUAUUACAAAGGCGAUCGACACCAAGGGCACAAUAUGGUGUGAACGCAGUUUAGACGAAGGAAACAAAAUUGUAUUCUUUAUUAAACUUAAUUGCUCUCUUCACAAAGCCGUAUCGUGUACUUAAAUAUAUAUUUAAAGAUUGUUUAUCAAGCAAAAUUAUUUGUAGACUUAAGUAUCUGAAUCUAAGUGGCUUUACAUUUAUUUGUUUGUGAAACCGGUAAGGCAAUUCACUUUAACCGUUUCUGUUACUCUUUGUGUGGAGCUGCAGGUUUUAUAUACAUAUAUAAAAUAAAUAAUUAUGUAUAAACCCA